AUGUUCUCUUCCAACCGCCAACUCACCACGACACCGUCGGCUCUGCCCGAGUCGGUGGCGUGGCUGGAGCACCUGACCCUCGAAAUGACCACCUCCACCAGCACCCGACACGGACUGGGCAAGCGCAACGUGCUGUACGAGCUGCACAUGGCCUACCAGACGUCCAAGGACGAGGUCACGACGUGGACGUUGUCCCGACCGUUCGACGAGUACCGGGACUUGAGACGGAGACUCGUCAAGGCGCUGCGGCUGGGCCACCGCUGCAACGCCGAGUGCAAGUGGCUGGGCAACGUGAUCAAGCAUCACUUCCCCCGGGCCUCGCUGUUCUGCAGGAGCUGCCCCAGCGGCGUGGAGGGCACCCGCGUGGCUCUGCUGCGCAUGCUCAACACGGUCAAGGCGUCGCUGGUGAACCACGGCAACCUCGGCUGCUCGCGGAUGCGCGACGACGUCAGCAAGGUGUUCGCAGUGUUCGUGGCCAGCAGCAACCAGACCACCAAGGACUUGUCCAGGGUGCACUCGUCCACGGCGUCGACGACGUCGUCGAUGUCCCUGUCGCCGACCAGUUUCAAGCGCUCGUCGUCGUCCACGUCCCUCACGUCGGACGAAGAGAACCUGGUGGCGCUUGAGUUCGACGACUUCCCCUGCGGGAACCUCGCACGCUGCGAAUGCGGCGCAUGUCGAUCCAGCUUGAGCCAUUAA